AUGGACGAGUGGGAGGAAAAUGAAACUACUAAUGGUUGUGAUGCACCCACCAGCCAUGCAUCAAGUGAAGCCCCACAAGGAGACUCCUGGAAUGGGGACAAAGGAGGAUUUGGACAAGGCCGCGGUGGAAGAGGCAGACGAGGAGGAUUCUCAGGAUCAUUUUCCUCAGGUGGGGAUGAGAAUGGAAGUGAUGGCAACAGCUGGAACAACAAAGGAGACACGAGAAAUGGUUUCAGAGGAAGAGGACGUGGCAGAGGGUUUGGCAGAGUGGACCGAAGUGAAGUGACCGGAAACGAUGACAAAGCGUGUGAAAGUGGAUUUAGAGGAGGAAGAGGAGGAGGUUUCAGACAAGGUGACCAGGGUGGCAGAGGAGGACUUGGAGGAGGCUACCGUGGAAAAGAUGAAACGAUCUUUUCUCAAGGUGAACGUAGAGAUCCAGAACAGAAGGAUGCAACUGAGGAGGAAAGACCAAAGGUCACUUACAUUCCACCAACUCUCUCUGAGGAUGAAGAGGCUGUUUUCGCCCACUAUGAAAAAGGCAUCAACUUUGACAAAUAUGAUGACAUUAUGGUGGACAUCAGUGGGACCAACCCACCGCAGGCAAUCAUGACUUUUGAAGAGGCCCACUUGUGCGAAUCCCUGGCAAAAAACGUCAACAAAUCUGGUUACGUGAAGCCGACCCCUGUGCAGAAGCACGGCAUACCAAUUAUAUCUGCUGGCAGAGAUCUCAUGGCCUGUGCCCAGACUGGAUCUGGUAAAACGGCUGCGUUUCUCCUCCCCAUCCUGCAGCAGCUGAUGGCCGACGGUGUGGCAGCCAGUCGCUUCAGUGAGCUGCAGGAGCCUGAAGCCAUCAUCGUGGCCCCGACCAGGGAGCUCAUCUGCCAGAUAUACCUGGAGGCCAGGAAGUUUGCCUUCGGGACAUGUGUGCGUCCAGUGGUUGUUUAUGGUGGAGUCAGUACUGGACACCAAAUAAGAGACAUCUUGAACGGAUGCAAUUUACUAUGUGGAACACCAGGAAGACUGUUGGACAUGAUUGGACGAGGGAAGGUCGGGCUGGAGAAGCUGCGGUACUUGGUAAUGGAUGAGGCUGACCGCAUGUUGGACAUGGGCUUUGAGCCGGACAUGCGCCGUCUGGUGGGCUCACCUGGAAUGCCAACCAAAGAGAACCGUCAGACUCUGAUGUUCAGUGCCACCUACCCUGAGGACAUCCAGAGGUUGGCAGCUGACUUCCUCAAGCCUGACUACCUGUUCUUAGCUGUGGGUGUGGUGGGCGGAGCCUGCAGUGAUGUAGAGCAGACAUUUAUUGAGGUUACCAAGUACUGCAAGAGGGAGCAGCUCCUAGACCUGCUGAAGGCCACAGGAACGGAACGCACCAUGGUGUUUGUGGAGACCAAGAGACAAGCCGAUUUUAUUGCUGCUUACUUGUGCCAGGAGCAAGUUCCAACCACCAGCAUACACGGUGACCGUGAGCAGCGGGAACGAGAGAUGGCCCUGAAUGAGUUCCGCUCUGGCAGAUGUCCAGUCCUGGUCGCGACCUCCGUAGCUGCCCGUGGUCUGGAUAUUCCAGAUGUGCAGCAUGUGGUGAACUUUGACAUCCCAAACAACAUUGACGAGUAUGUCCACCGUAUUGGGAGAACUGGCCGCUGUGGUAAUACUGGGAAGGCUGUGUCCUUCUUCGACCCAGAUGCAGAUGGCCAGUUGGCUCGCUCCUUGGUUACAAUCCUGUCCAAGGCCCAGCAGGUCGUGCCCCCGUGGUUAGAGGAGCAUGCGUUCAAUGCCCCCGGUAGCAAUGAUUUCAACUCUUCCAGGAGGAACUUUGCCUCUACAGACUCCAGAAAGGGUCCCCACGGAGGAUUCUCUCAGGACAAUGCAGUGCAGAGCCAGGUGCCAGUGGUAGCUGAUGCAGAGGAGGUCUGGGGGUAGAGGGACUAUUGGUGCAGCACAGCCUCCCACACAUCGAUCUGAGCUGUUCUUAUUUGCUGUUAAGCUUGUUGCAUUUUUAUCACUGAUUUUGUUUCAAUAGAAAAUGGAAUAUGUCAAGUGAGCUGUUUAAAUGGAGAAGUUACUUCUCCUGAGCGUUCGUCUUCAGACCUGCAUGUUGUGGAAAGCUUUUGUUUUGUUUUAUUCUUU